AUGGCUUAUCGGGGGAGAAAAUCAAGUGAGUUUGACAAACUCCAGAAGGAGAACUCACAGAUGAAGAGCGUUAUCGAAAACCUGAGGAAGCAAAACAUAGCUUUAAACCAACAGGAUGACCAGGACAAGUUUUCAAGUUUUGGCUAUCGGGAGAGCUACCCAAUCCCAGAGGGCCCUGGUGGCUUCAUCAGUGAUGCCAGACUUCUGCAGAUGCAGAGAGCUGAGAGAGAGGCCAUGGAAGCAAAGCAAAGAAAGAUAAGUGCUAUCCAUGAGAAUUAUGUCCGGACUGCUCUCAUCGGGGUUGGCAGCACCUUCGCGCACCACUUCGUCCCCUCUAUUCAGUGCAUUCCGCGGCCGAAAGCUCCACCGAGGCCUUUGCCACGAAGGCUUGAACACAUAGCUCUGGCCCCACUGAAGAACGUGGUGGGGGUGGACGGAGCCCAAGGUCGACCCGGAUCUCACUCUCUGGAGUCCAUCCAGGUAAAUAAAUCAUUCAGCAGCAGUAGCGUGUGGCCUGUUCCCGUCCCUCCCACUGGAGCUCCCUCCAAGAGGGGCAAGAAGAAGAAGGGCAGGCGGGGAGUCAAAGCCCUGAAAGUCCAGUCGGACCAGGGCUGUGCUGACAACAAUGGACCCAUUGACCUGAUGGAGGAGGUGAGGGACAUUGAGGCUCACCUGAAGGAGGAGGCCUGGAAGGUGGUACAUGAGGUGAAGGCCAUGGGCAGAAGAAGUUUGGGCUCGGACAUGUCCAUGGGGGAAAUAGUCACCAGCUCUCUGGGAAGCCUGAGCUCAGUGGAUAUGAACACCCCUGCGGAGCUCCGUGACUACUUGGAUGUUGGGACCCCGGUAAAGGCGCGUGACAGCCCACCCAGGCCUGCUCCCCCACCUACCAUGCCCAGGAGCAAACAGCCUCGGCCUAUAAGGUUCCUUAGCCUGGCAAAGGCUGCCACCGGCUCAGACAAGAAGGCAGCCAGUGAGCCAAAGAGCCAAAUUAGGAACCAGGCCAGAUUGCAGCCCCUGUCCAACCCAGAGCAGGACCUGACUAAGAUCUUCAAGCUGCUCCACUCUGCCUCUGAUGACUGGGAGAAGAAGAUCGAGGGCUUGACCUCUCUCCGUGUUAUGGCUCAGAACCACAUGGACAUACUGAUGCCUAAACUCCAUGAUAUCUGCCUUGCCAUUAUAAAUGAGGUGAAGAACCUGCGCUCUGCAGUGUCCUGUGCUGCCAUGGCCACACUGGGUGACAUGUACGUACACCUCCAGAGGGCCAUGGACAGUGAGGUGGAGGGGACGGCACGCGUGCUGCUCCACAAAGCCAGCGAGGCCAACACCUUCAUCCGGCACGGCGCCAACUUUGCCCUGGGUCACAUGGUGCAGAGCUGCACCCCUACCCGUGUCAUGAAUGCCCUGCUGGUCGGUGGGCUGAGCCACCGUAACGCUGCUGUGAGGAGCUGCACUGCUCAGCACCUGGAGAGACUGGCUGAGGUCAUGGGGACGGCUCGUCUCCUGUCGGGGAAGAAAGGCCUCACUGACCGUUUCUUGAUUGCCGUCAGUAAAUUGGCUGUGGACCCUGCACAGGAAGUCAGGCAUCAUGGUCGCAAUAUCUUGAGAAACGUGGCCACCAAUGACGACUUUGCUAAAAUGUGGGACAAAUUCGCUAUAAGGAAAGAGAGAGAAUCCUUGAGGGAGGUCAUCUCAAAGGUUAACCUCAAAGAGAGGCAUAUCUGAAUAUUUUCCAACUUGACGAUUAUCCCCUCCAGUCCCCAAACUCCAAUAUUUUUGUUCAUUCUAAGAAAUUUGACAUUAUCAUCCAAACCCCCAUGUAAAUGUAUCUUUAAACUGCAUUGACUCCUUGUCCAAGUCCUGAAUCCACUAUAAGGUCAUAUGAACCACAUUCAAAGCACGAAAUUACCUUUCCUCAAAGCUCCUAUCUGAUCUGCCAGCUCAAUAGUGGUCUACUGAAACCAUACUCACCAUCUCAGGGGGUGCUCAGAUCAUCAACCACUGACCUCCACACCAUCCUCAAAACCAGCAGUCCUCUUUUGGAGGCAGAUUGGUCAGUGCUCCUGUAUGGCACCAACAUUGUGGAUUUUCAUCCAAUACUUCUGGACUAUGAGAACAUUCUUUGGACAAUAAAAUUAGGUAAAAUGGAAGCUGGCUACAGUCUCAGUUUUAUCCUCCAAGACAGAGUGAGGAUGUGUAACAACAAUACCUGUGGUUUAACUUGAUGAUCAGGGCCAGAUUACUGAAUGGGCAAGCAGGGCACCUGCCCUGUGGGUCCCGACCUCCAGGGUAUAUCAUCAUAAGAUCCAAAACUAAAAGUAUAGUGGAUGUAUAUUAUAGUACGUGGACGUUUUACAAUUCGUGAGCUCGUUUCAUUAUUUGUAGCCAUGUUUUAUGUACAUUUGUGCUCAUUUUGUGGAAAUUU